AUGACUGCGACCAUUCCACGGAGUUUCCGAUUACUGGAAGAAUUGGAAAAGGGCGAAAAGGGGCAGGGCUCCGAGGCAUGCUCACUUGGUCUGGCCGACUCCAACGACAUCAACAUGACCAUGUGGAAUGGAACUAUGCUAGGCCCAAUUCGAUCAAUACACGAGAACCGGAUCUACUCGUUAACUCUGGAGGCCGGAUCCGACUACCCCCAAAAGCCGCCGAAAGUCAAGUUCCUGACUCGGAUCAAUGCUAGCUGCGUCGACGACCAGGGCAACGUGAUAUCAAGCCAAGUCCCUUGUCUCGCUAAUUGGAAGCCCGAGUACACGAUGGAGCAUGUACUGCUUGAUAUUCGUCGCGAAGUCGGCUCCCCUGCCAACCGUAAGCUCCCUCAGCCCGAGGAGGGCACACUUUUCUGA